AUGUCACAAGGGCAAGUGACAAGAGAUGAAGGGCCCAGAAAAUCCAUUUUCCACUACCUUCACGGAGAAAGCCUCGCUAACUUUACAUCUCCCUCCUUCCUGCCGGCAUUUACUGACCAAAUCUUGAGUUUUGCUGGUCCCGAUCUGGAGAGUCAGGCUAGAGCCGUCUGUGGGAACGACACCGCCUGCCUGUUCGAUGUGGCCGAGACAGGAGACGUCGAGGUGGGUGAAAUGGAGAAAGAGGGCCAAAGAAGGUUCAAGGAAAAGGUGUCAGGAAGAGAAAACUUCCCACCCGUCAUCUCUGCCCCAGAGGUUGUGAACGUGACACCUGGCCAGGUUGCUAGGAUACAGAUCAACGCUACGGACCCAGCUGGGUCAGAGGUCACGUUCACUUUGUGGGGUGAAGUUCCUCCAGGGAUAUCUAUAUUAGCCGAUGGAAGCUACGCAAAUGUUACUAUAAACGUUACAUCUGAUUCUCCCUUCAGUCUAAAGGUUAUAGUCACCAAUUAUGGGAACAGUUCUUCCCUGUACUGGCCUGUUCUCGCCAUGUGUUCCUGUUCACCAAACGGGGACUGCAACUCAACUUACACAGAUGAUCUUGACCCAGCACUUGUAACGGAGGGCAAUAGGUUUGUGCAGCAGAGAUGCGUUUGCCAAAAUGGCUACACCGGUAAACGUUGCGAAAGUGAUCUCGAUGCUUGUUCGGCGAACUUUGUUCCAUGUUUCCCGGGAGCCACCUGCACGGACCUCCCUCCUCCAGCCGGACUGGACGGGUACAUUUGCAGCGGAUGCCCCAUGGGAUACGUCAUGAACGAAAACACAUGUCAAGACAUAGACGAAUGCGAAACCACUGAAGGGUCAGUCUGUCACCACUACUGCAUUAACCUUGUUGGGAACUUCACCUGUGGAUGCGAGGAAGGUUAUCAUCUUUCAGACGACGGACAUUCUUGCAAGGACAUAGACGAAUGUUCAGUGUUGAACAACUGUAGCCAACGGUGCGAUAACUCACCCGGCUCCUACGUGUGCGGCUGCUGGGAGGGUUUCACCCUUCAGUCAGACGGAAUACGGUGUGAACCGGAGAAACCGUGUGGCCUGAACGAAGACCCCGGCUGUGAUCCCGGGACAAGUGACUGUAUCUUGACUGUAGAUGGAGACCCGACAUGUGUAUGUAACAAGGGGUACAUUUUGCUGGAGGACGGGGUGACGUGCCAAGACAAAAACGAAUGUGCCACCGGCGAGAACCACUGUGACCAGAUAUGUAACAACACUGCAGGAGGGUAUAACUGCUCUUGUUUUGAUGGGUUUGAGCUCACUAACAACCCAGUACACCCAUGCUCAGAUAUCGAUGAGUGCUACGAAGGCACGUACAACUGCAGCAAGGGUGAACUCUGUGUUAACGCACCAGGGUCAUACACUUGUGUAUGCAGUCCCGGCAUGUACCGACAGGGGGAGAUCUGCUCACCCAGCACAACAGCAUCUUCAAUUGUUACUGUAACAAGUGAUUCAGACCAGGCUUAUCACAAUAACGCAGUUGUAAUAGUCACAGAAAUGCGACUAGAAGAGCUCACAGAAGCCAAGUUAGAAGCUGUGAAGGUUGCAACAGCGACGAGUGUGACGUCAUGGUGCGCGAGCCACAUGCUGGAGUACGAGGCCUGUUCAUUGGAAAGAGCCAGGAAGAAACGUGAUUCGUAUGCGAUUCGGGUUUACUCCGAAAAUGUUCGCUUUCUGGCGUCAUUUCCCCGCAGUCUGUCGGAUGACGUCAUCGCGAUUGCCGAGUACGUCACUCUCCAGACCUCCGUGUUACCUGCCGACAUUCUCUUUGCUGCCGUCCAACAUGGUGUCAUCAUCAUCGAAGAAGCGCUGGGUGACAAGCGAAUAGUUCGAGUCGUCAAGGCUACGUUGUUUAACAUAACUGAUGAGGUGCCACCGACGGAACUGCAGCCAGCAAUGGAACCAGCAAUAUAUGUCAUCACAGGGUUGGCCGCAGGCCUUGUCGUCGCUGCGGUCAUUGCCUUUCUGUAUAGAUGCAAGAGGAAGUCCAAGAUUUCUCCCCGGUCUGAAGACAUCGCUUUGACAACUGAAGAACAUCCUCAGGUCCGAUCCAUUAAAACCCCGUCAGGCUUAGGCGCUUUGACAGACGUCUCCAUUUGAUUACUAUGUUCUGUGUGCUUCCGUAGUUGUAAUAUAUGCAUUGGUUUUGCAAAAAGGUUCAUGUAUUAAUAUCAUAGCUACAGUAACAGUUGUUCAGACGGCGUAUGGUUCACUUUAAUUGUCCGGAAGCAAAAGUACGUUUCGAAUUUGUUUGUUUUUUUUUGCUUUUUAAACCUAGUUGUACAAGAAUUCCAUAACGUCAGUUAAAUUUCAUGCAAACGAUUUUACUCUUAUUUUCAUUCUAAACAACACGUAUAAGUUACCAAAUGUUUAAAUGGCUAUAUAA